UUUUCCAAUGGCACGGACCAAACAAACUGCUAAAAAGUCUGCUGGUUUUCGAAAAGAAAUAGUUGCUGCAAAAGCUAUUGCUUCCAAACGAAUGCGUGUCCAGCUGGCUACUAAGCGAUGUCCGCGAGUUUUUCCGAGUUACAAGGAGUUACCUCCCGUGAAGAUGCAACAGAAGCGAUAUCACAAGAAGGGAUCUCUCGCCCUUAAAGAAAUUCGCCGCUUCCAAAAAUCAACAAAUCUUUUGAUCCCUCGUGCUCCUUUCAUUCGUCUGGUUCGAGAUGUUGCUAAUUCUAUUACUGGUGAACAAUACAAAUGGCGAGGGUUAGCUCUAGUUGCUCUUCAGGAGGCCGCUGAAUACUACUUGGUAAACCUCUUUGAAGAUUCUAAUUUAUGUGCUCUGCAUGCUUCUCGUGUUACAAUUAUGCCCAAGGAUAUUCAACUUGUACGCAAAAUUCGUGGAGAGACAACAACAUUGCCGUCAAUUGCAUUACGUUAA